AUGGAUCGGGCCUCACAUCACAGCAGACACAGGACCGCAGCCGGAGAAGAAGUGCACCCUGGGAGAUAUCAAUCACAGCAGGACCUAAUGGACGGCGAGACCGAGGGAGAGCCAGAGGACGACGUCAUCUACUCCAAACCAUCACUCAUCGGCAAACUCAAGGUUCUGGCAUCCAAGGGAAAUGGCGACCGCUACGAAAACGUGCAGCUCAACUCGUCACCGUCCAAAGCGCUGGUGUGGAGCUAA